AUGACCACUCCAAGACGUCCGCGAUUCCCUGCCGCUUCUGGAAGAAGGAGGGAGGGAGCAGGCUUCCUAGCACAGGCUCAGACGUUCCUGCUAUCCCAGCAGGGAGCCAUUGCAGCCUUGCAACGAGAUGUUGCAACAAUGGGAACGCCAAGACGCAAGGUCUUCAGUACGGCUGGGCUGGACAAGUGUGACCUAGACAUGUCUGCAGCAGACUUUAGGACCUGGCGUCGAUCCUUAGAAGACUGGAUCGAACUCAACGCUGUCGGCAAAGGAGACGCCGCACGUUACAUCCGCCUUUUGUGCGCCCCUGAGCUACAGAAAGCGCUCGACGCCAGGUACCCUAAGGCUCAGUGGGACGCCACUUCCGCUGAUGAGGCCCUGGAAAACGUCAGCAGGUUGGUACUACGUACAGCGAACCAGGCAGUGCAGUGGUCAAAUUUUUUUGGUGUUAAGCAGGCCCUGGGAGAAUCAGUGAGUGAUUACUUUACCAAGUGCUCCCAGAUGGUGCUUGACUGUGUUUUUCAGUGCCCGGACUGUGACAAGGAUCUGAGUGAUUUUAUGCUAGUGCGAAAGCUCAUCGCUGGGCUGCGUGACCCAGCCCUACGACGCGAGGUCUUUCAGUGCCACGUAAAGCUUAGAGACGUCGACAGUCUUCGGUCAUAUUGUGUGGCGUUUGAGGCGGCUCAGAGAGACGCUCACGCUUUCCCGCCAAACCGCCACCCCGAGGCUGCUGCUAGUGACGCCUCGCUUGGCGCCACGAGUGAGGAUGACGUCAUCGCCGCGGCUGGCCCCAGAGAAGCCCGCCAUCGCCUUUGUGGUUACUGCGGCAAGCGGCACCAACCUGGCAGGGCAUCCUGCCCCGCAGCUGACGCCACGUGCCGUGCCUGUGGAAAGCUGGGCCACUUCCAAGCAGUGUGCAAAGGGGGAAGGAAGCCUGCAAGGAAGGACGCAGUGGCCAGUGCGGUGGUGGCAACCGCCAGAAUAACGCGCCAGCCAAAGCUUCAGGUCCUCGUCUCUGGACCGGAGGGCGGCCCACAGCACCCCACCACAGCCAUCGCGGACACAGGUGCGCAGGUGUGUGUGGCUGGCCCCACGCUGUUGAAGAUUCUGGGCCUCGCACCCAGGCAGUUGCGGGGGCGCGCCGGCUUGCGCGACCUCGCCGGCAUUAACCUGCCCACCUUGGGUGCCACGACAUGCCACUUUAGCAUCCCUGGCCACUCUACCCAGCAGGAUGUGUACUUCGUGAAGUCGGUGGAAAAGAUCUACUUGUCUCUCGACGCCUGCAGGGAUCUGGGUCUGGUACACGCGGACUUCCCGCAGCCUCCACUCAGGGAGGUGGCGAGCGUGGGCGGCGAGAGCGGCAGCGGUGCCAGCCCGCCACCACCCAGACCGCCUGCCGCGCCACCCAGACCAGCCACCAUGCCGCUUUCGCCUCUGGAGGAGAACGUGCCAAUGCUACAGGAGUGGCUUCUCGGGCAUUUCUCGACAUCGACCUUCGACACCGACCAGUAUCCCCUGCCAGUCAUGGCGGGACCCCCUCAUCACAUCCACCUGUCCCCUGACGCAACCCCUAUGCCUGCCACACCCCCGCCUCCGUUCCGAAGCACUGGGAAGCAGAGGUCAAGCGGCAGCUGGAUGAGGACGUUCGGAAAGGCGUUAUCCGUCCUGUCCCUGCAGGAGAGGCCACAGAGUGGUGUGCCAGGAUGGUACCAAUACUGCAGGACGCCCAUGGGACACUGCGCAGCGGGGGAUGCAUACACCAAAAGGUUCGAUGAUGCCAUCAUCGACCUGCCACGGAAGCACAAGUGUGUCGACGACACGCUCCUCUACGACACAGGCGUGGAGGGUGCCUUCUGGCACGUCUACGAUUUUUUGGAGGUGUGUGCCAAGGCCGGAGUAACACUGAAACCGGAGAAGUUUCGCUUCUGCCAGAGGGAGGUCGACUUCGUCGGUUACCACUUGGCCUGGGACACGUACAAGCCGACUGAAGAGCGCCUCUCCGCCGUCAGGGACUUCAAGAUGCCCGACAAGCCAUCGAUCACAGACGUGCGCUCCUGGUUUGGCUUCAUAAACCAGCUGGCGCCUUUUCUGGCCACUGCCCCACUCAUGUCGCCUUUCAGGGACCUGCUCAAGAAGCCAGCAGGUAAGGGCGUCUACUGGGACGAGUGCCUUCACAAGACAUUCACGCAAGUGAAAGAGGUCGUCUGUCAGCUAGCCAAGCAGGGGCUGGCAUAUUACGACAAGACCCGGCCCACUAUCGCCAUCACGGACUGGUGCAAGGACGGCAUUGGGUUCGUGGUGAUGCAACAGUACUGCUCUUGCCCGCCAGCCGACGCUCCCCUCUGCUGCAAGGGAGGGUGGCGCCUGGCGUUAUGUGGCAGUCGGCACCUCACUCAGGCCGAGGCAGGAUACGCGCCAGUGGAGGGAGAGGCCUUGGCGGUGGCGUGGUGCCUGCGUAAGGCCCGGCUUUUCCUCCUGGGAUGCCCCAACCUGGUCAUCGCCACGGAUCACCGUCCCCUGGUUAAGUUAUUUGGUGACAGGGCCCUAAAGGACAUCGCCAAUCCCCGGCUCUUCAGGCUUAAGGAACGGACCCUGCAAUAUAAGUUCACCAUGCGCUUCCUGCCAGGUAAAAACAACGCAGCAGCCGACUUCCUAUCCAGGUAUCCCUCAGCCAAGGCUGCCCCGGACGAGGUGGAUGAGGAUCAAGACGUCGCUAUCGCCGCAGCUAUGUCCGCAGCUGCGGUAGCCGCCCUUGACUUGAGCGGGUGUACCACCAUCGAUGAAGAGAUGGUGUUGCAAGUGGCGCUUGAGGACCCCACAUACCAGUCGCUGGUUUCAAGAGUGUGCAGCGGCGACUGGCGGCCCCACAAGUCACAGGAGCUCGCCUGCUUACGCCCCUUUUACAGCGUACGGGACAGACUGGCAGUGUCCCGUGGCCUAGUCACCUAUACCUAUGACCAGGGAUGUGUGCGACUCGUCAUCCCUGAUGUUCUACGUCAACGAGUAGCCACCAGUCUUCAUGCCAGCCAUCAAGGCCUCAACUCCAUGCUGAGGAGGGCCAGGCAAACAGUGUAUUGGCCUGGGAUAGAGGGUGAUCUGCAGCAUCAUCGGGCCAUGUGCAACACCUGUGACGCCAACGCGCCUUCACAACUGCCUGAGCCCCUUAUCCUCACGCCAUCUCCCGAUUACCCCUUCCAGCAGACGGUGGCAGACUUAUUCCAACUGGGAGGUCAAACUUACCUGGUAUACGCUGACAGACUCACGGGGUGGCUGGAGGUGGCGCAUCUACCCUCGGGUGCCCAUUCCGGUAAAAUCAUGAAGCACCUGAGGCACUUCUUCACCAGAUGGGGGGCCCCAGAGCAGCUCUCUACUGAUGGAGGUACAAACCUAGUGAGUGGGGAAAUGACUGCAUUCCUCAAGAGGUGGGGAGUCGCGACCCGUCUCUCAUCCGCUCAGUACCCCAAUCUAAUGGCCGCGCCGAGGCGGCCGUGA